AUGGAAAUUAGAAGAACAACAAACAACCUGCCGCACAGUGAGUUUAGCGGGCGGUGUAGACUUGCAGCGAAUGCGCUGCGCAAGAUGGCGCCCGUGAGUGCACGACGUAGUGUGCGGUUACGGUCGAACGUGCUGCUGUUGGGGACGUGUCUGACGGUUGGCCUUUGGUUGGGCUUUGCACCGCCGGUGCACGGGCAGCGCCCGCUUGGCAAUUCCACCUUCGGUGCGUCCCACAACUCGUCCGGCGUCAUCAACGUCCAUCCGGUGCUGACGACCAGCACCACGUCGACCGAGCCACCGCGCUCCAUGUUCCCCGCGUCCGCGUCCGGGUUUGAGGAUUCGCUGGAGGACGACAGCUCCGAUAUGGAGGAGCACGAACACGACGAGCACGAGCACCAUCACGAGCAGCACGGUGGCGUUGGAGGGCACGGCAGCGGUGGUGGCACCGGUGGGCUCGGUGCCUUUUCGCAGCCGAACGAAAUCAAUGCCGGUGCAAGCCGGAACGGGGGCCACGAUGGUGCCCCGAUCGGCUCCCGCCAACCGGGCAGCCGACUGAUCAAUCCCUACUUUCCGACACCCGCCUCCACGCAGGGUGGCUCGAAGACGACCGAGCCCCAGAACGGUCGACGCUUCAAUCCGGCCCGGCCGGGACGGGGGCGGAAAACGUCAUCGAUCAACAUGUUGCGCAAGAUGAACAAGAUUUCCACCAACAUGAACGGGCUGGAAACGGGCGGUGAACCCAUUUCGUACGGUUCGACCACGCACCGGCGUGGCCAAACCGUGCACCACGCGGGCGCGGACGCGUACGGCCAGGAGAAUGCCGGUGAGCAAGGUGCGGGUGGUGGUGGAGGUGGUGGAGCGGCAGAGGGAACGGAUGCGCGCGGAGGUACCGUGCAGCAGGGUGGACGGGGUGCGGCCGAUUACGGCAACCGUGGUCGAUCCGAUCCGGGCCGUGGCCUGGGGGUCAUCAUGCAAUCGCCCGGCUACUUCACGCCCGGUUCGUCCUACAGCCGCCAGGGUGACGACCCACUAAGAACGUUACGGGCGCGUUACAACGAAGAGCGAUACCACAACUCCGUCCCAGAUCAGGGCUCCGAGAUGGACGAGAUACUGGGCAUGAAGUGUAACUUCGAGACGGAAUGUGCGUGGACGUGGGACGAAACCGACCAGCACGGGUUCCAGGUGGUGACCGGCAUGAAUCUAACCGAAUCCAACCGCACCGGGCUGAUGCCUGGCCCGGGUGCCGAUCCGGCCCAUAAUGCCAACGGGCAUUUUCUACAUCUCCGGCUCACGCAGGACAGCCAGCCGCAAAUACUCACCUCGCCCGUGUUUGGUGCGACAAAGGAGAACUGCUAUCUGGAGGUGUUCACCCACCAGAGCGCGAUGCAUCACGGUAGCAUACGGAUCGUGAUCGAGACGAUUGGCAACCAGGAAUCGAGCUGGGUCCCGGCCGAAAUCAUGGGCAACGAUCUGCGGCGCUGGCAGAUGAAUACGUUCCGCAUCGAUCGCAUCUCGAAGGACUUCAAGGUGCUGUUUGAGGUGGUACCGAACAAGAUUGGUGGGCAGGCGCGUGGACACGUUAGCAUCGAUAAUCUGCGCAUGGUGCAAUGUUUCCCGGACUCGAUCAGCACCAACAACUGUAGCUACUCGCAGGUGCAAUGCACCGCCAGCAAGGUACCCGUGUGCAUCAAAACACCAAAGAUCUGUGACAUCACAGUCGAUUGUGAUGACAGUGAGGAUGAGACAUUAAACUGCGAUAAAAUUCCAUUCGGUGGUCGCUGUGAUUUCGAGACCGGAUGGUGUGGGUGGCAAAACUAUGGCAACGUCAUUCUAUCCUGGGCACGACACUCUGGUCCAACGCCGACAGAGAAGACGGGCCCGGAUAUGGAUCACACGCACGAGAACUCGAACGUAACCGGGUACUACAUGUUCGUCAACAUGAACCAGCAUGCGAACGAUAGCGAGAAGAAGACGCUGGUUGGAUUGGCCAGCAAUGCGAUCAUGAACAGUGUCGUCUUUAACCCACCACCGCUGGUACACACGAAUGCGAGCUCACCGUAUCGGAACUCCUGUGUGGUCCGGUUCUACGUUCACCAGUACGGCAUGAACCCGGGCAGCAUCAAUUUGUCCAGUGUGGAGAUCCGCGAGAAGGAAAACUUCACCACAACGCUCUGGUGGAGCUCGAAGAAUCUCGGCGAAGAUUGGGUACGGGUGGACAUCAUCCUGCCGAACAUUACGACAAAGUACUACCUGCAGUUCGAGGCCCGCAUGGGAAUGCGCAUCUUCUCCGAUGUGGCGAUCGACGAUUUCUCGCUCAGCCCGGAGUGUUUCGGGUUGAAUAUACCGGCGGAACAUCUGCUGGGGUACAACUACUGGGAUCCACGGAUAGGGGGUGCCAAGCAGCCGCACAAAGAUUUCGCUGGAAAAUCAUUCCUGGAACUCAACACCUGCGGCGCAAAGGGGCAGUACGGACCGACACCGGCCGAUUGUCUGUCGUCGUACAACAACACAGAAGCGUUCAGUGCGGUGCACGUCAUUGACAGUCAUCCCUUCAAGGGUAUCCAGGCCUGGAAGGUACCCAACGAGGGUUACUACACGAUUAUUGCUAAAGGUGCUGGAGGUGGUCUUGGAUCCGGUGGAGUGGGUUCUUCUCGCGGCGCGAUGGUUCUGAGUGUGUUGGAACUCCACAAGGAUGAGGAAAUAUACAUCCUGGUAGGGCAGAGUGGAGAGCAUGCGUGUAUCAAAUCGAUGGGCUAUCGGGACGAGUCGUGUGAGAUGCGAAAUAAGCAGCUCAACAUGGACACCUGGAUGCACUCGAAGACACAGCAGGUGAAGAACACGAUCAUCGAGGAAGGUGCUGGUGGAGGCGGUGGUGGAACAUACGUGUUUUUGUUGAACUCCGCCAACACAGCAGUCCCGCUGCUGGUGGCCGGUGGUGGAGGUGGACUCGGUGUAGGUCGUUACCUGGACGAUGAUAUUCAGCAUGGCAAAAAGUAUCUCUCGUACAAGAAGGACGUCUCGGGUACUGCGCAUGGAGAGCCCAACCGGCAAGCCGGACCGGGAGGUGGUUGGCGUGCGCAGGCCGACAUGGGACUGCAGGCACACUAUGGCGCAUCGCUACUGGAGGGUGGCCGGGGUGGAAUGCCAUGCUAUACACCGCGUGGUACCCAUGGACAGGGUGGGUUCGGUGGUGGUGGUGGCGGAUGUGAUACUGGAGGUGGUGGCGGUGGAUACUCUGGGGGCGAUACGAUGAUUAACUCCACCAACGGCGAAGGCGGCUCGUCCUUUAUGGCAUCCAAGCGGAAUGUGCCAGAACUAUCGAUGGAGUUUUCUGGCGCGAACGGUGGUCAUGGAGCGGUACUGAUCAUUCCUGCCAUACAGGGAUGUGGAUGCGAUUACCGGUGUGUGGCCCUGGACGAGUACCGAGCGACCGUGGGUUGCAUCUGUCCCGACGGGUGGACACUGAAGCCCGAUAAUUAUACAGCGUGUGAAUUGCCCACGGAGACCGUGGAAAUGAAGUACCUAAUUAUGUUCUUUGUCGUCGUCGUGCUUGUGCUCUGUGCCGCACUGGCCAGUCUUAUACUGAUACUUUAUAAUCGUUACCAAAGAAAGCGUCAGGCAGCUCUGCGCCAUAAGAUGCUGCUGGAACAGGACCUGCAGCUGAGCCGGCUGCGCAGUACGGCCGAUGAUUCGGCACUGACCAACUUCAAUCCGAACUAUGGUUGUGAUGGCAUACUGAACGGGAAUGUGGAUGUGAAGAGUCUGCCACAGGUAGCUCGUGAAAGUUUGCGUUUGGUGAAAGCACUUGGACAGGGUGCGUUCGGUGAGGUGUACCAAGGUCUCUAUCGCCAUCGCGAUGGUGACGCGGUGGAGAUGCCCGUGGCAGUGAAAACAUUGCCAGAAAUGUCCACCGGCCAGGCGGAGUCUGACUUCUUGAUGGAGGCGGCCAUUAUGGCAAAGUUCAAUCAUCCAAACAUUGUACACCUGAUAGGUGUCUGUUUCGACCGUCAUCCACGGUUCAUUGUGCUCGAACUUUUGGCCGGAGGUGAUCUGAAGAACUUCCUCCGGGAGGGUCGUAACAAGCCGGAACGUCCAUCACCGCUCACGAUGAAAGAUCUGAUCUUCUGUGCGCUGGACGUGGCCAAAGGCUGUCGGUACAUGGAAAGCAAGCGUUUCAUACAUCGCGACAUAGCCGCCCGGAACUGUCUGCUCAGCAGCAAAGGUCCUGGCCGCGUGGUGAAGAUUGCUGACUUUGGUAUGGCCCGUGACAUCUAUCGCUCGGACUACUACCGCAAGGGUGGUAAAGCGAUGCUACCGAUCAAAUGGAUGCCGCCAGAAGCGUUCCUCGAUGGCAUCUUCACCUCGAAGACGGACGUCUGGUCGUUCGGGGUGCUACUGUGGGAAGUGUUCAGCCUUGGUCUGAUGCCCUACACUGGUUUACCCAACCGCGAUGUGAUGCAGCUGGUGACGGGCGGUGGACGACUCGAUGCACCGCAAGGUUGUCCGAUGGCCGUGUACCGCAUCAUGGCCGACUGCUGGAAUCCAACACCAGAGGAGCGGCCAUCCUUCUCGAAUCUGCUCGAACGGUUAACCACCUGCACGCAAGACCCGGAAGUGAUGAAUGCCCCGCUGCCGAGCUUUUUCCGACCACCGUCAAACGAGCGCGAUACGACGAUAAUGCGUCCACCCGGUAACGAUGACUUCUGUCUGCAGGUGCCCAACUCCUCCGACUAUCUCAUACCGCUGCCGGGUCCGCGUUCCGUUGCGGAGCGCUUGCUGAGUGAAGCGACCGGUGUCACGAUUCCCGACACACUGAUGACCUGUACGCCACCGAAGAAUGCCUCGCCGCGUAUCGUCAACGGUCACACGGUGAUGGUGUCGAAUGCGCUGGUAGGGCAUGGUGCACCCCAACAGCAACCACUCACGACCGUCACCGAUGGCGCCUGCUGGGAAACGUCCUUCAUUCGUAAGCACCCCGGGCAGGCAUGUCCGGCCGGGGUUCCACUUCCACCACCGCCGGUGCUCGAUCCGGCCGAAGCAGUCCUUCCACCAAACGGUCCGUCGAUGGUACCACCUGUGCCCGACGUGGCCGAUAAGCUCAUUUCGCUAGACACUCCGCAACAGACACCGACGGCCAUACAACCCCCCAUCUCGUUCAGCAAUCCGGUGAUCGGUGAGCUAGGGGAUGGACAAACCAAUGGCGGACCGUUGACGAACGGCAACGGUCACAGCCACGGGCCGCCGAUGGUGGAGUCACCGAUGGAGACGGCGAAGUUGCUCAGUAGCAUACCGCCACCAAUAACGCUCGAUCCGGCCGCGCUUAGUAUGCAGCAGAACCACGUGGUCGGUACAUCGUAUGCGAACAUCCGCAUGAUGAGCAACGCCAACGGAAAUGGAUCGAACCACAACCAUACCAACCACAGCAACAACAACAAUAACAACCAUGGCGAUCAUGGCGUUAUCGUGGAUAAGCUCACCAGCACCGGUGGCAUCGUGAUGACGGGCCUAACCGGAUACAGCAACGGUCCGACCGGCAAUGGUGGCGUUGGUGGUGGUAAUGGUGGUGGCAAUGGUGCUAGCCACAACACGAACGGUCACCAUGGCCAUGGCCACGGUGGUAAUGGCGGUAAUGGCGGCGUCGAUAAGGGAUCGGUCGGUGCCGGACCGGACCCCUCCCGGCAGGCGGCACCAUUCACGAUCCAAACGUUCAGCGAGCGUUACAUCAGCCCGGAAAAUCAUUCCGAGAUCAGCUGUUAAAAGGGUUUCGAUGAGGUGCAAACAUCAUUUCUACGAUAAAUCACCACCAUGCGUCGGCAUGUCCGUGUAAAAGGACACUGAAAAAACGUACACACCCACACCUAUAUAAAGUAUCAUUGGUGGACAUCCAUUGGCCACUAAUUUGAAAAAGUAUUUCGUAACGAAAAUCAAUAUAUAUAUACAUAUGUACUAACUAUAUAAAGAAAUGAAACCACACACAAACACGAAUACCCCGAUUAUACAAAAUGCAUUAUUUGUACAUAUACAUAUUUGCAUAACAUUAGAAGCGGUUGAUAGAACGAACAAAAACAAACAAAAAGGUUAGAAUAUAUUUAUAUAAAAAACGCUACCAAACAAAAAAAAAUAAGCGAGAUCGAGGUUUGUUCGGAAUACAGUGACAACCGGCAAAACAAAACCACUUGAUGUUAAACAAAAGAAAUCAUGUUUCUUUGUCCGAAUUAGUCCACCGAGUGGAACAUAAAAAUACACACA